AUGACAAUACAGCAAGUCCUAUUACUUCUGCUGCUCUGGAUGUGGCUGCCGCAUCCCUGCCAUACAGAAAUGCUGUUCAGAAGGACUCCUGAUCUCAGACCCAAAAGCUUUGGAGGCCGUGCAUCAGGGAAUGAUGGAAAAGCAAUUCACCGCCAGAAGCGAGGAUGGAUGUGGAACCAGUUUUUUCUUUUAGAGGAAUACACAGGAUCUGAUUAUCAGUAUGUAGGCAAGCUGCAUUCUGACCAGGACAAGGGAGAUGGAUCCCUCAAAUACAUUUUGUCAGGAGAUGGGGCUGGUACUCUUUUUAUAAUUGAUGAGAAAACAGGGGACAUUCAUGCUACUCGGAGAAUUGACAGGGAAGAGAAAGCCUUUUACACCCUGCGUGCCCAAGCUAUUAAUAGAAGAACUCUGAGACCAGUGGAACCUGAAUCUGAGUUUGUCAUCAAAAUCCAUGACAUCAAUGAUAAUGAACCAACAUUUCCAGAAGAAAUUUACACUGCUAGUGUUCCUGAAAUGUCAGUAGUGGGUACUUCCGUGGUGCAAGUUACAGCUACUGAUGCCGAUGACCCUUCAUAUGGAAACAGUGCCAGAGUAAUUUACAGCAUACUUCAGGGACAGCCAUAUUUCUCUGUGGAACCAGAAACAGGCAUCAUCAGGACUGCUUUGCCAAACAUGAACAGAGAGAACAGGGAGAAAUACCAAGUAGUUAUCCAGGCAAAGGACAUGGGAGGCCAGAUGGGUGGAUUAUCAGGGACCACGACCGUGAACAUCACUUUGACUGAUGUCAACGACAAUCCACCUCGAUUCCCCCAGAGUACCAUCCACCUCCGCAUUCCCGAGUCCUCCCCAGUUGGCACAGCCAUUGGCAGUGUCAAAGCCACAGAUGCAGACACUGGAAAAAAUGCAGAAGUAGAGUACAGAAUUAUAGACGGCGAUGGGACAGAUAUGUUUGAUAUUGUGACACAGAAGGACACACAGGAAGGCAUCAUAACUGUGCGAAAGCCACUGGACUAUGAGAUGAGAAGACUUUAUACCUUGAAAGUAGAAGCUGAGAAUACCCAUGUGGAUCCACGCUUCUAUUAUCUUGGGCCUUUCAAAGAUACCACCAUUGUGAAAAUCUCUGUAGAAGAUGUAGAUGAACCUCCUGUCUUCAGCAGAUCUUCUUACCUUUUUGAGGUGCAUGAAGAUAUUGAGUUGGGAACAAUAAUAGGAACGGUAAUGGCACGGGAUCCUGAUUCAACCUCAAGUCCAAUAAGGUUUUCUCUGGAUCGUCACACUGACCUUGACAGGAUAUUUAAUAUUCAUUCUGGAAAUGGGUCCAUCUAUACUUCUAAGCCACUUGACCGUGAGAUAUCACAAUGGCACAAUCUUAGCGUUAUAGCAGCUGAGAUCAACAACCCUAAAGAUACUACUCGUGUUCCUGUCUACGUAAGAAUUUUGGAUGUUAAUGACAAUGCCCCACAGUUUGCUGUAUUCUACGAUACUUUUGUCUGUGAAAAUGCAAGAGCUGGACAGCUUAUUCAAACCAUAAGUGCAGUAGACAAAGAUGACCCUCUUGGUGGACAAAAAUUUUUCUUCAGUUUAGCUGCUGUUAACCCUAACUUCACUGUUCAGGAUAAUGAAGAUAACACUGCCAGAAUUUUGACAAGAAGGAAUGGCUUUAGUCGACAUGAAAUAAGUACUUACCUUCUACCAGUGGUGAUAUCGGACAAUGACUACCCGAUCCAGAGCAGCACUGGCACGCUGACCAUUCGAGUGUGUGCCUGCGACAGCCGAGGGAACAUGCAGUCCUGCAACGCUGAGGCCUUGCUCCUCCCUGCUGGCCUCAGCACAGGGGCACUGGUUGCCAUUCUCCUCUGCAUCAUUAUCCUGCUAGUUAUAGUGGUGUUGUUUGCUGCUCUGAAGAGGCAACGAAAGAAGGAGCCUUUGAUCCUCUCUAAAGAGGACAUCAGAGACAACAUCGUGAGUUAUAACGAUGAAGGCGGUGGAGAGGAAGACACCCAAGCCUUUGAUAUUGGCACACUGAGGAAUCCUGCAGCUGUCGAAGACAAGAAGCUUCGACGAGACAUUAUCCCUGAAACGUUAUUUGUACCACGGAGGACUCCUUCAGCACCAGAUAACACCGAUGUCCGAGAUUUCAUUAACCAAAGGCUAAAAGAGCACGACACUGAUCCUUCUGCACCGCCGUAUGACUCGCUUGCAACCUACGCCUAUGAAGGAAAUGAUUCAAUAGCUGAAUCCUUGAGCUCCUUAGAGUCGGGUACUACCGAAGGAGACCAAAACUAUGAUUACCUCCGAGAAUGGGGCCCUCGGUUUAAUAAGCUAGCUGAAAUGUACGGUGGAGGAGAAAGUGACAAAGACACUUCUUAA